AUGUUAACAAUAACAAGCCAUAACUGCGAUGAAAAUAACAAUGAGAGAAAAAAGAAAACGUCUACGAAAUGGAUAUUUGUGAGUUCGAAAAGUAAUAAAAACUAUAAUUUUUUCCAGAAAAUGGGUAAAUCGAAAUUGAACAGAAAAUUGCGCGAAGAUGUCCAACGAAUGAUUGCUCAAGUGGUAUUAAAUUAUUAAAAAGGUGAGCCAAAUAAUAAGAUACAUUUUCAGACAAAUGAACUCAUAUUCCGCGUCGCGAAAGCGGCAAAAAACUGCGCAAAUCACUCGAAAAGAAAUCGGGUUCUCUCUUUUGACGUCGAUUUCGCCAUGCAACAGUUCCCGUAUUUCAAUAAAGUAAUUUCUAAAAAAUCAAAGGCUUUUUAAAUAUGAUAAUUACAGUACAGACUGAGUCUGAUGCACCAGAGGCCACCGAAACUGUCCUGGAACUGUAAAACCGUCGAAAAACUCGAAAUUCCCGUGCGAGGUCGGAUUAAAAGAAUCUUAUCUACGCAUUUAUAAAAAAAUUUCAGUUGAAUUCGGAAUCCUCCACUGCGGACAGCAGUACACGCGAAGAAAGGACGUGAACACGUUCCAAAAUUUGAAGAAACUGAGAAUUUCUUCUGAACUUCAAACUAUGUAUUUUUAUGGGCUUUCGUGAUUAAUGAUUAUUCAUGACGUAGAUCGGAUGUUUCGGAUUAUCAGAAGAUGAGGGCCAGUCCAAAAGAAGAAGUUGUCAUGUUGAGACCAUCUUUUGAUGAAGAAUUGACGGUGGUAAGUUGGGAAUAGGAAAAAAACUAUUUUAUUAUCGGAAAAACAAGAUUAUAUAGGAAGAAUAGACAAGUAAUUUUUUGCAGUUGAACAAAAAUUUUCAUUGCAUAUAUUUUUUGGCUUGAAAGAACGAAAUACUGCUAAUUAUGGGUACUUUUUGAGCGUUAGAAGCCUAAUUUUACGAAUUUUCAUCCUCCUAAUAGUUCUAGCUUCACAUAAUUGGAUUUUUCACUAUGAAAUAUUUUUUCUCUUCAAAAUUUAUCACAAAACUCUAUAGGCAAAGUCGGAAAAGUUGAAAAAAGGUUCCCUUUUGCUGCCUUUUUGCGCCAAUUUAUCGGCCCUUACGCACCAUUUUUGCUGCCUCUCCGUUUUUCCAUCAUUUCUUGAGCUCAGAAAAAAUGAAAGGCUCGAAAAAAAGAUUCUUUUUUUUUUUUGCCUUUCUGCUGCCUUUUCUGAGCCUCUAGUGGCCAUUCCGGCUCUCCCCGAGUUGCUCCAGCUCAUUUCCAGGAGCAACAGACCUUCUUGAAAGAAGUUGUCGGGUUUUGCGUCGGCCAGGACGAUCAUAAACGACAGCAGGCCUUGCUUCUGCUAGAAACCAACGCCGGGAUGAAGGUCCUUACUGAAUUUGGCUGACUUUAACAUUUCUUUAAAGGAACUCCUGCCGAAUCUCGCUGAUUUGUGUUAUAACAUGGUGAGGUGAAAGUACAUAUUGGGAAAAAUGAGAUUUUCCAAUAGAUCCUGGCCAAUAUCGUCCAGAAAUGCCUUCCGUUGAUUAUUUACGCGGUUCGGAUGAUCAGCGCGGUUAGCAAGAAUACAUACACUGAUUUACAGUUGGUGGUAAGUGGAAACACAGGAUCUUGAAGGGAAAGCUGUGUAUAGUUUGUUCGGAUUUUGAAUGUCAAGUCGUCGGUCAAGCUCCGCCCAUAAUAGCGCGAUAAACCAAUCAGAGAGCGAGCCAUCCAUAGAGCUUUUUUGAAUGACGUCAUUUGACUUGACAUUCAAAAUCUGAACAGACUAAUGCAGUGUUCAAAGGAAUCCCGAAUUCCAAAAUAGCCGUCAGAGAAAAAAAAGAUAACUGAAUUUUAGAGAGUCAGAAAUAAUUUGAAAUUUCGCCGAAAUUACUUUGGGUCAACUAUAGUAGUCAAAUUAGUAGCCACUUAAGGGGUUGAAAAUCAGUGGCCACUCUAGAGGUCUAAAGGCUACUACUGGACCACUAAACAUUUUAGUGGCCACUUUAGGGGUCAAUGGAUCAACAUAACUGGUCCAAUCUGUUUGUCUUGAAAUUAUCAGAGUUACUGGAAGGAAAACUGGAUGGAAAACUACUUGAGUGGCCACUAAAUAGAGAACCUCUACAGUGGCCACUAAAACGGAAAAUAGUGGCCACUAUAAUGGUGGGUUUAGUGGCCACUUCAGUGUCCUUGGCGAGCCUCUACAGUGGCCACUAAAAUGGAAAACAGUGGCCACUAUAGAGGUGGUUCUAGUGGCUACUUUAUCUCCAAGUAGUCCUUGGCGAGCCUCUAUUGUGGUCACUAAAAAUUUUCCCAGUAAGGAAUGGAAAAUCAUUUUUCAAUAAUUGAAAUUGAGGGCUAUUAGGUGCUAACAGUAGUAAAAUAUUUAUUCAGGAGGGAUUUCUUAAAUUUUCGUUUUUCAAUACGAAGCAGAUUCGAAGUGUUAUUAACUCUUGAAAUUAUACUUUUUUUUCUGAGUGAAGGAAUUGCCAAAAGUUCGAAGCCUGAAUUUCAAAUAAAUUCUUGUGAUUUUGAAAAUAAGACCUAACUUCCUGUGGAAAGUUAUUUAUUUGUUGAAAGCCAAUAAUAUUUUUAGCUCGAUAAAUGGCAUUUUUUUUUUUUGAAAAAAUAAGGAUUCUUGUGAAUUUUAUGGUUUUAAGCUGCCCAAACUGGUGCCAGCCCUGAUGAGCUGUAUGUUGUGCCGGAAUUUGUGCAAUCGGCCUGAACACGACAAUCAUUGGUCUCUACGGGAGUACGCCGCCAAGACACUCAUGUGGAUCAUCAAGUUAAUAAUAAAUAGCAUUUUUUGCCAAAAAAAAAAAGCAUAAAAUGCAGGAAAGAUUGCAAAUCUGUUGUCGCUUCUCAUUUUCUUAACUCGCUCAGGCACUGCGCAGGGAUUUUAUUUCGCUUUUUGUGUGGAAAAAUAUUUUUCAAGGCUUUUUUAUUAUUUUCAUAAUAUUGCUCACUUUUCGAACUGUUUCAAAAAAUUUUGAGCACUCUUUUAAAGAACUAUAUUCAAAUGGAAAGGGUAUUAUUUGAUUUUAUGCCUUAUAUAUUUCCUUCAAUAUUACCAGUAUGCAUAAAAAUGGUAAAAAACGGAAUUUACCAGCUUGUUCAAACAAAAAAGGCGAAAAUGAGAAAAGACUCCCUGCCACCAGUGCCUGAGUCAGUAUUCGGAAAAAUUUUUUCAAGGAAAAGAUUUAUUAAAACGGAGUAAAUUCUUGAUUUCCAAGGAAAGCUUAUAGAGAACGCUCCGGGGCUGAAGAAUCCGACUUCCGAACCCGGAUUUUCAACUAUGCCCUCAACGUUUUCAAAGGAGAGACGUCUACGAGGCCGAUGAUCUACGGAUGUGUUUCCAUUCUCACUGAAUAUGUCGAUUUUUCAGAGGUCUAGGGGAUGUUUAUAUGAACGAACAGUAUGAUAGCAUUAUCAAGGAAAAAAUCAGAAAAAAUUUGGAAGGGGCUUUAGAAAAUUAGAAAAAAUUCAAAAAAGCUUUCUAAAGCCUUCUCAUGAUUCAUUUUUACCGAAAUCAUAGUAAGAGCUUUUCAAGAAGAUUUAAGGUGAUGGAAAGGAAAAAAAAGAAUAAAUUGAAGUUACAGAAUGACAAAAGAGUGUGAAAAAGGCGCUCAGAAGAAACUUUUUUCAUUUUUUUUUUCUUGGGAAAAUUUUUCUUUUUGAGGCCUGUUAAAGAAGUUUUGGACUUUCCCGUGAAUUCUACAUGAUUUUUGUCCUGACUGUUGAUUUUUAUCCAGGUUGACCAGCUCCUCACCUUGUUUGGCGACAAAAUGGCUCAAAUGAAGGCCGCGGAACGUGUUGAGCCAUCGACAAGGCUUGACGCGCUGGAAUAUCAACAUUUGAUCCUUGUUCUCACUGUUUGUAUUUACAAUUCAUUUGCAAUCUUCAAAGCGAAACGGAAAAUAUUCUUCAAAGGGUCCUUAAUAGAUCUAUUAUUUUUAAUUUUGAAUUUUUUUUCACGUCUCUUAUCAAAAUAUGCUGGAAAGCAACUAAAAAGGUUGCAGGGCUAUGAAAAAUGAGCCCAAAAGCAUUUUCCCAACGUUUUAGGAGCGUUUAGCGGGAACUUUCCAGCUUUUUUUGAGGUUCAUCGAAGAAAAUUUUCCGUUUUAUUUAUGUUAUAUGUUUUGAAUUUCAUUUAAUUUUCUCUGUGAGGAGCUUAUCAUUGCAAAAAAAAAGCAUAAGUUGAGCCCAUUUUUUUGGUUUUGAAGCUUUUAAGUCGAGUUAUACCUUAUUGAACUUGAAAAAUGCGAUGUUUAGACCAUCCAUGAGGUGUUAUGACUCGACUAAAAAAUGAAAAAGGUUUAAAUUAUCUUUUGAAUUGAAUUAGAAUGAUUUUUAUACGGCUUCUCGUUCGAAAUUCGGACUUUUUUUUUAAAUUUUUUGAGUCGAAAUCAGCACUUGAAGUUUUAAAAACAGUUAACUAUAUCAUCUUUUUAAAACUUCAUGUUUUUCAGAAAUAUUAACGAUUUUCCUGGCUUUUUUGAACCUUUAAACUUUCUCAGAAUUUGAAAGCCGUUGCUACAUCCCCAAGAGGGCUCGGUUCUUGUAAAAUUCAGCUUCUUUUUUUUCGAUUUCUGGUUAAAAUCAAGGUCAAGUUUCAAAAUUUUCGAUAUCCUUUAUUUUUAAAUUGCCCUUUUUAAGUAUUUUUCUUUCAGAAGGCCUGCCACGUGCUCCGCCAAAGGAAGGAUGUGGUGUUUGUCGAAUAA